AUGAGUGUCUUGCCAUCUUGCAUACAUGGCAUCCAAUCCGUGAUUGCUUUGGUGAUUCUAGGCUGUUCGGCAGCUAAAUUAUCGGAGGAGUCAUCUAGCGGAUUUUCCCUGGCUUUGUUCACAGCCAUCGCGACCAUUCUCGCAGCAAUCUACAUCAUCACCACGUCUUUCAUCGCAAAGACGCUGUUCAAGUUAUGGGUCUCCGUUGCAUCCAAUGCCUUCACCCUGACUUUCUGGAUCAUUACCGUCGGAGUCUUGGGCGCUGCGCAUCAUUCACACAAUUGCGGCGGACAUCAACAUAAUCAUUGCUAUCGAAAGCGGUAUUAUCAUGGGACGAAUGGUAUUUGGGCUGCAACUAUGGCUUUGAGUAUUAUUGAUGGGAUACUUUCUGCUAUUGCACUUGGGAUUUCCUGUUGCGGUCGGAAACCCCGAGAGAAGAAUGAGGAGGUCGCAUAA